AUGAAAAUAGUAUUACAACGUAUGAAUCUUGGUUGGUUAAAUGAAACUGUUUCUCAAUAUCAUCGUGUAUUGUACAGUCGAUAUUCUACUGGGACUUUAAAUUAUGUACCUUUGAUUGGCUUAGAGAUACAUGCUCAAUUGGCUGUACAUAAUAAACUAUUCACAAGAGUACCCUAUGUGUUCGGUGCACCGCCUAAUUCAUUGUUAGGCUUGCAUGAUAUUGCAAUGCCUGGUAGUAUGCCAAUACUAAAUCGACAAUGUCUUGAAUUGGCAUUAGUUGCUUCCCUUGGAUUAAAUUGUAAAAUCAAUAUGACUUCACGUUUUGAUCGUAAACACUAUUUUUAUGCUGAUUUACCAGCUGGUUAUCAAAUUACACAAUAUUAUCAACCAUUAGCUGAAUAUGGUUAUCUUGAUUAUAUUUGGUUACCAAAUUCAUGGGAGACAAAAAUUUCACCAUUAUAUACAGAAAUUGUAAAUAGUAUUACUGGUCAAAGUUAUUAUCGUUCACGUGCACGUAUUACACGUAUACAAAUUGAACAAGAUUCUGGUAAAAGUUUACAUAAUAUUCAACGUGAUUGUAGUUUAAUUGACUUAAACCGUUCAGAUGUUGGACUUAUUGAAAUUGUCACUGAACCAGAUUUCAAUUCUUCUGAUCAAACUGCUGCAUUUAUAGCAGAUUUAGCACGUCUACUGAAAUACUUAAAAUGCUGUAAUGCUAUUGGUGCAUUUGGUGAAUUACGUGUUGAUGUCAACGUUUCUAUUGGUCAAGAUGCAGCCAAUCAAAAUCCUCGAGUUGAAGUAAAAAAUAUAAAUUGUAUUCGAGGCGUGAUUAGUUCUAUCGACUAUGAAAUUAAACGUCAAACAGAUAUUCUAAAUUCUGGUGGUCAAAUUACUCAGGAAACUAGAUCCUAUGAUCCCGUGAAUGAUGUAACAUUACGAAUGCGAGAUAAAGAAUUGGCACAAGACUAUCGUUAUAUACCAGAACCAAAUUUACCAGCUGUAAAACUUCUACAAAAUUGUUCUCUAUGUUCACCUCAUUCAUCUUCAUAUAGUAUGAAUAAGUCACCUUCAACAAGAUCUUCAUUAUCACCAUCUACAUCUUCAAUUGAUAAUAAAGUCUGUAUGCAAUGUAUUAAACAAAAGUAUCAAUUACAUUCUAUUAACUGGGAAAUAAAUUUACCUCAGUAUAAAAAACAAAAACUUCUCCUUGAAUAUGGUUUACCUAUGGAUCGUGCUACUGUCUUAACUGAACAUAUUGAACUAUUCACAUUGUAUGAAUCAACAUUGAAAUAUUUAACUGAUAAUUGUUUAAUUCAUAACAACAAUGAAACAUUUAAUAUAUUAAUUUAUGCUAAAGAAUUAGGUUUUUGGACUAGUGGACAUUUAUUUGGUCUAAUAAAAAAUGAAACAUUGAAACGUCUUCCUACAGUAAAAGAAUUGGCUGAAUUUGUGUAUAUGAAUUUAAUUGGUCAGAUAUUUGGUCCACCAGCGGUUGAACUAUUGAAUUUAAUUACACAAAACAGAGAAGUUGAAGAGCAUUCAGUCUAUGAAUUAGCAGUUCAACAUAAUUUACUGCUAAACUGCAACGAAGAUGAAAUAAAAAUGUUAUGUGAACGAGUAAUUGAAGAUUAUCCUGAAUUGGUUAGAAAAUAUUUGAGUGGAAAUGAGAAAUGUUUAAAGAAGCUUGUUCAAUAUUUAAUCUCUAAUCAAAAUUAUGAUAAUUCAAAGAAGUUUAAUCCUUCUGUUGUCGAAAAAAUACUCAAGAAACUGCUUGUAUAA